AUGUCCUUUAGAAAUUUAGACUCCACAAAAGACAAAAAUCAGUAUAAUAAAAUACAGAAUUCAAUGAGAAAGAAAAUCAAAGUCUGUGAACUUUCCAAUUUGUAUAAGAAAAUUGAAUUAGGAACGUUUGACACUUCAAAUAAUCCAGAGAUAUUCGUUAAAGAAAAACGGUACCACCCAGCUCGAUACCCCAAUUGGGAAUAUACAAACACUUCAACAAUAACAGACAGAAUUUAUAUAUUAAGAAAAGAAGGUUCUUCUGACACACCGGUGUCCCCCGAUGUCUCUGGCUUCUAUUCUUUUCGAAAAGAAGUGAUUUGUGGUAACCAAAGUAUUUACAAGAGUGAAAAAAGUUACUUAGGCAAGACAUAUUACCUCUACAAGAACAAUUCAAACUACUGGACAUUAUCAACCCGUUUUGACUGUGGUGUCCCGACACAGAGUGACGGUGCAUAUUGGACAAUAAAAAGGACGAACAUGGCUGGUGUUUUGAAUCCAGUCGAUUCAUCUGGUGCAAAAGGGAAAUACAUGUUACAAGAGAGCAAUGCAAUAUUCAGAGGAAAUAUUUGA